UCCCAAGAUCUCAGCUCAUUGCGGCAAUCUAUUUUUACCAGCGCAAUCUCUGGAACCAAGUUGCACGUCUUCUCAUGUACCUGUGGUUUGGGGUGGGUCCCAGUCCAAAACAGGGACCACAACCAAAGCAAGAAGACCGACACCCUGGAAAUUUGAAAUUUUUUUUUUAUAUUCAACUUGUUUCUGACAGCUCUGACAGGAUAAAAGAUGAGAUAAACGUCCCAGUCUUUUUUUUUCUUUUUUUCUAUUUGUUUUGUUUUGUAUCUCACAUGAAUUGAGGAUUCACAAUGACAUUUUUCACAAUGCAAGACAAAAGAUAAGUGCUCAUCCUGAGUACUCUUAAUCCACUUGGAAUUUAGAUGGUGCUAUUUAACGAAAGGCUCAAACCCUGACAUGGCUCCCGUGUGGGAAACUACUCCAGGCAGUGAUGGCUUGGGGUCUUUUUGUCGCAUGUCUACCUUUGGACUAGAGGCCUGCAGAGUGCCAGGGGACGCAAUCCCAGAACAAAAGACACUCACACGCUCAGGAUUAUAAACUCUCAGUUCACCCUCUGUGUCUGAGGCGUCAUAAAAGCUGCAUGUGACAAUGACAAAUCAGGGAGACCCCCGAUGUCUGCACAACCUUGCCUACCACCCACGAUGGCGGCAUCACUCAGUUAAAGUGAUGAGACGGAGGCAUAUAUGGACGGUGAUUACAAAUAGUUUUGCUGGGUGUAGAAAGUUUGAAUUAUCAUCAGCAUCCUUUUCAUUGUCAUUGAAAUCCUUGUCAUCAACACCACAGUUGCCAUCAUCCCCAGUGCAGCCCACCAGAAGAUCGAGGGGGAACUGGUUUCUUCCCCUGUUACUUGUGAUCUCAUUAUUCCCCUGUCAAGCAUGGGCAACCACUUUCAAGGUGGCCCUGGUCGGACCCUGGACAUGUGACAUCUUGUACUCUAAGGCUCUCCCUGACUUGGCAGCCCGCCUUGCCACCAGCCGUAUAAACAAGAACCCCUACCUCAACAAAGGCUACUGGUAUGACUACACGCUGAUUAACGAGGACUGCAAGUCAACUCGUGCCCUUGUUCGCUUCGCUGAUGUCGAAAGUUACGGGGCUGCUUUCUUGGGCCCUGCUAACCCAGGCUACUGCUCCUCAGCUGCUUUGUACGCAAAAGAAUGGGACCUUGGGAUUCUAUCUUGGGGUUGUCUCAAACCCAACAUGAACGCACAAGACAAGUACCCUACCUUCCUAAGGCCUCUGCCACUGUCCGCCCAUGUUAUUUUUACCGUGUUAAGGUAUUUUCGAUGGGCUCACGUGGCCAUCAUCUCAGAGGAAACAGAUAUUUGGGAAGCCACAGGACAGGAGUUAGCCACUUCACUCAGAGCCCUUGGUCUGCCCGUCAACCCCGUGGUCACAAUGGAGAGCGAUAAGGACGGACCUCGGAGAGCUCUAACCAAAGUGAGGUCGGCAGAUCGAGUUAGAGUGAUCAUCAUGUGCAUGCCCUCUGUCCUGAUUGGUGGCCAAGCCCAGCACCAACUCCUGACGACAGCCUUAGCUAUGCGUAUGAUAGACCGCGGCUAUGUUUUUCUCACCUACGACACUCUCCUGUAUUCCUUACCGUACAAAGACACAAACUACUACAUGCUAGGAAAUGAUACCAAGCUCCGAAAAGCCUACGAUGGGGUUCUCACCAUCACCAUGGAGUCUGGUGAACGCAAUUUCUAUGAGGCCUUCAGAGAUGCUCAGAGCACUUAUGAAAUACGCAGCAGUACUCCACCAGAGCAGGUUUCUCCGUUCUUUGGCACCAUUUACAACAUGAUGUACUACAUAGCUAUGGCUGCGGAGCAAGCCCGUGCCAGUGGAGGCAGCUGGGUAACAGGUGCCAUCCUGGGAGACAGUGAGGGAGGCUUCGACUUCGAAGGGUUCAAUCAACGUUUGCAGGCUGGGAAAAAGGGUGAAGGGAUGCAGGCUGGCUACGUAGUGCUGGACUACAGCGGCAUGGGCACCACUCUCUACUCCACUCAUUUUCUUCACGCUAGUCACACAGACGGCAAGACCGGGGGUUUGAAAUAUCUCGGUCGCUCUGUCCACUUCGCAGGCAGCACUCCCUUCACAGAUUCAAGUUGUUGGUUUAGCCCCUACUUUGCUUGCACUGGAGGAAUGGAUGUAGUCACAUUCUUCUUUCUAUUCCUGUUGUUCAUUUCUUUGGUGGGAGCUGUAGUAAACAUCUUUAUUCAUUUGAAGAAACAAGGCAGGGUUGGGUUCAGCUUUGGGGGUGACGGAAAUGGGGGCUCAUCCAAGGUGAUCCUGACUCUCGAUGAUCUGGUCUUUAUCAAUACUCAAGUCAGCAAACGGAAGCUAAAUGAUGAAAGUAUUAUGAAGAGCCUAGGGGACAUGAAGACACCUCACCACUCGGUGUCUGGUCGUAGCUACCUAGCCUCCACUCCGGACAGUUCAAACGUUGCUGUCUUUGAGGGUGACUGGGUUUGGUUAAAGAAAUGUCCCACAGGAGCGGUUUCUAGUGUAAGUGGAAGCACGGAAGUGGUCUUUGUGAAGCUAAGGGACAUGAGGCACGAGAACCUAAAUCUGUUCCUGGGUCUGUUCUUUGACUCUGGCAUCUUUGGCAUUGUGACGGAGCACUGCAGCAGGGGAAGUCUGGAGGAUUUGCUGGGCAAUGAGGAUGUGCGUCUUGACUGGAUGUUCAAGUCUUCCUUGUUAAUGGAUCUGAUCAGGGGAAUGAAGUACCUGCAUCACCGCAACAUCAUCCAUGGACGUCUCAAAUCUCGUAACUGUGUGGUGGAUGGACGCUUUGUGCUGAAGGUUACAGAUUAUGGGUUUAACGAAAUUUUGAUGGCACAAAGCAUAGAAACCGAUGAAGAGAAACCUGAGGACUUGCUUUGGACGGCUCCAGAGCUGCUGCGAAACCCAAGUCAGAGGAGGAAGGGCACUUUCUUUGGGGACGUUUAUAGUUUCGCCAUCGUUGUACAGGAGAUCGUCUCUCGCUCUUCACCUUUCUGCAUGCUGGACAUGCCUCCCAAAGAGAUUAUCAACAAGGUCAAAGACCCUCCGCCUCUUUGUCGGCCCAUUAUAUCAGUGGAAGAGGCUCCUUUAGAUGUAAUUCAGUUAAUGAAACAAGCCUGGAGUGAAGAUCCAGAGAAGAGGCCAACCUUUGAGGAUGUUUUCAAACAGUUCAAAGGCAUCUCAAAAGGAAAGAAGACUAAUAUUAUAGACUCGAUGUUGCGGAUGUUGGAGCAAUACUCCUCUAACUUGGAGGACCUCAUCAGAGAGAGGACAGAAGAGCUCGAGCUGGAAAGACAGAAGACGGAUCAGUUGGUGUCUCAGAUGUUGCCCAAGUCUGUGGCCCAGUCGCUGAAGCUAGGCAAGCCCGUGGAGCCGGAGCAUUUCAGUGAGGUCACGCUGUACUUCAGUGACAUUGUGGGUUUUACCACCAUCUCAGCUCUCAGCGAGCCCAUCGAGGUGGUGGACCUGCUCAACGAUCUCUAUACACUCUUUGAUGCCAUCAUUCCGCUGCACGACGUGUACAAGGUGGAAACCAUUGGCGAUGCUUACAUGGUAGCCUCUGGAGUUCCCACCAGGAACGGCAGUCGUCAUGCAGCUGAGAUGGCCAACAUGUCCCUUGAUAUUCUGAGCCUGAUUGGGAGCUUCAAGACUAGACACAUGCCUGACCUGAAAAUCCGCAUUCGUAUUGGCCUGCACUCCGGUCCGGUCGUAGCAGGAGUGGUCGGCCUGACGAUGCCUCGGUACUGCCUGUUCGGAGACACGGUCAACACCACAUCUCGAAUGGAGUCCACGGGGUUGCCUUACAGAAUCCAUGUCAACCAAUCAACAGUUGAGAUCCUGAACAACUUGAAGAUGGGAUACAAGAUUCAGGUCAGAGGUUUGACAGAGUUAAAGGGGAAGGGUAUUGAGACUACCUACUGGCUGGUGGGGAAGGAAGGUUUUACCAAGCCUCUGCCAGUUCCCUUGGACACCAAAGACGGCGUCAAUCAUGGUAUCGGACUGGAAGAGCUCCCUCCGGACAGAAGGCAGAAAUUCCUGGAUCGACAGAAAAGGGCAAACUAGCCACGCGAUCAGAGGCUGACGUUCGUGGUCUGGGAAGUCGCGUUCUUUCUCAGACCAAAGACGUUCGCGUGGCCGGGAGAGCAACACACCCGAGGAAAAGAAGGCCAUCUGGAACCGGCGACAGUGUUUUUCUCACGCAAUGCAUUUCUGCAUUUCUAGUCUGAUCACAGCACUUCAUCCAUACAUCCAGACUUCUGUACGCGAAAAGGAGGCGUGCAGGAAAUGACCUUCAAUGGAUUGUUGGCACAUCAGUUGUUUUUAAAGCAAAGGUGCUUAAAAUACGAGGUGUGUCAUGGGUACAUAGCAGGCGUCAGGUGUGCUGAUCUGAAGAUAAACAACCGAACAUUAAGAGAUAUCAUGCACUGCGGUACUGAGUGCGUUGCGGCUCUGCUUCUUCUACCGGAUGUGUUCCUACCAAAUUCUGUGCGCUUUAAAGAUAAUGAAAACAUUUUGCCCAGGUCUCACACUAUCUGGAGCCACAGAGUUUUAAGCUCAGUUAUGCCAGACCCCCUUUAGAGGCUCCGCUUGUCGCAGCUGCAUAUAUAUCAGGACAUUAACUCCCGUUACUGUGAGUUUUAUUAGGAUUUAAUUGCCGCGCUCGGCUCAGGCAGAACAGGUGAGCAAAGCUGUGACUUUUGCUUUUGUGGCAGCGUCGUUUUCCACAUAGGAUGCUGAGUGGGAACCUGGACUGUUUAUGUGAUAUUUGAUUUAUAAAUCAUCUAACAAGCUCUGACAGAAGUAAACUACGUUAUAAUUAGUCAUCUGGUGUAAACUACCCGGAAGGGCAGAUCAGAAAGCAUCCCCUCGCCAUGGACGUCGUUUUUCUUUGCUAGGCACGGGCUGGUUGCCUGGAAGAAGAAAAAAAACAUACUGCUGACAUGUGCCAUCAUUUUGCGUCUGUGGUUUACUCCUUUUAAUAUGAGGCUGGAGAAAAGGCUGUAGCCUACGACGUUAGUGUGUGGGGGGGAUGUUGGGCUGCACUAGGUCAUCUGGCUGUAGUAAGGCUAAUUUUGCUUGUGCGUACAGAACAAAGCUGCUUGGCUCACCAAAAAAGACCGUCCACAACGUUUAUUAAGUUCAGGCUGAUUGGCAAGCAGUUACAUCAAUUAUUGGCAUUUCGUUUUAAGUCUUCAUUUUAAGACCAUGAUACUUCAAACCUUAAUUUUUAUCAAAGGUUAACAUUAAGUUAUCAUUCAUUGAGAACCUCAUAGCUCUUCUCAACUUGUGUUUUUCCCCCUUUUCUAAAGCAACUCACUGUUACUGUUUGUUUUUGUGUACAUUGCUUUAAGCGUUUUAUCCUAAAUGGCUCCUCGGUUUCAGCAAAGCCAUCCCUCUCUACGUUACAUCGGUGAAGGCAGUCUGUUACUGUAACACGCAUGGCCGAAUGCACUCCGUGUUUAUUUGAUACCGCACGUUUCUUCUGCAGCGACGCACUGAUUUUCAGAGUCAAUUGGCUGAAACGAUCGCUUCCAGCGCUGUGCUUCGGCCGACCAGCACCCGAAGGAUCUCCAUCUUUCACAGGGAGAUGUCCGGUUGUCGUCUCUUCAGCCUACAACUUCUGCUCCUUCAAGACUUGGAAAAACACGUCUUUUUCUUUAGCUUGGAGAUUUGUAUAUAACUGUAAAUGUGUACAUAGCUUGUGUCCUGCACAGUUAGGAACUAUUUUUUUUUUUUUUUUUGUCUUCUUGCUUGGGUUUCCUAAUCCUCUGACUGAAAUGGAAAUACCAACAAAUCACAGGGGCUCAGUCGCAGUCUGCUGCGACUCUUUUAUUGAAGUAACAACAGGCAGGCGAUGUCAAGAUGCGAUUUCCCUCUUAAAAACAGGCUGCGGACUUUAUUUCGAUGUUGUUGUUGUUGGCAGCUUGCUGAUUAUCACUUUUAACCUUGCUGAAGUAGUUUAGCGUAUAUAGACAAAAGACAAAAACUGGACGCCUGAUGACUUGAUUAUCAGGUUGCAUGCGGUGUAUUACACACCAUCAACUUUUUUUAGCAGUUCUGGCUCCCCAAGCACGAUUAAACCCAUGACCAAGAGAAGAUCCUUAAUCAAGAUGAGCAACAUUGGAGGAGCGGUCUUUUCUUUCAUUGAUGGGUAUCUGAACAACAACAUGACUAAUCCUAUUUUAAAGGCAAGACCUGUUUUUUUUUUUUUUUUUUUUUUAGAUUUAUAACCAAUUUGCCAAACAGAUAGGUCACGUCAAAACUGAAUGGACUGCAUUGUUCAUUUUGAAAGUGAUCUCAGUAUGUUUCUGUAAAUAAAUUAUGGUUUUAGUGAU